AUGGCAGUCGUCCAGAUGCAGAAAAACACAAUGGGUGCGGCCAUGUUCCCUAGCAAGGUUACCACGGAGCAACAGUCGUUGGUCCUGGUAAAACGGCUGCUAGCAGUGGCCAUCUCCUGCAUCACGUAUCUCCGAGGCCUCUUCCCCGAGCACGCCUACGGCACACGAUACCUGCAGGAUCUUUGCAUCAAGAUUCUAAGGGAGGAUGACAACUGCCCGGGAUCCUCUCAAAUUGUCAAAUGGAUGAUGGGAUGCUACGACGCUCUCCAGAAGAAAUAUCUGCGAAUGCUGAUUUUAGCUAUCUACACAAAUGAGGAAGAUCCUCAGACGAUCACGGAAUGUUACCAGUUUAAGUUCAAGUACCUGACGAGUGGGCCCACCAUGGACUUCGCAAGCAACAACAAGAAGAUCAGCACCACCGUGAGCUGUUCAGACACGAAGAAAGCCAGCAUCUUGCUCAUUCGCAAGCUCUACGUUCUGAUGCAGAGCCUGGGGCCCCUUCCCAACGAUAUCUGCCUGAAAAUGAAGCUGUCUUACUAUGACGAAGUGACUCCGCCAGACUACCAGCCUCCUGGCUUUAAAGAGGGCACCUUGGAUAACAUGAUGUUUGAGGGGGAGCCUGUCUUCCUGAGCGUGGGUGAGGUAGCCACUCCGUUCCAUGUCCUGAGGGUAAAGGUCACAACAGACAGUGAUCACAUGGAGCAAAUUGACAAAGAGCCACUGAAGGAGGAUGAGGACAGCCCUGCUAGCCAGGCCGUGGAAUUGGAUCCGAACGAGCAAGUGGAAAUUAAUGACUCUUUGCCGGCCGAAAGUCCGACCAUUUCCCAGGUGAUUGUUCCUGGAAAUGGUAACGCCGAUGGGCAAAACGCAGAGGCAAAGGAAUCGCCAGAAGCUGAGAAAACUGUGGCCAAGCCAAGCCCCAGGAACAGCAGCCCUGCUUCAGCG